CCUAAAAAAACACCCAAUUUUUUUACCCUUUUCUUUCCUUCUUCUCUUUCGUUUUCACUCGUUCUUUUCAUCCUUCCUCCCUUUUCCUUACCCUAGCUGACCAGCCUCCCUUCCCACCACCGCUGGUUGAACUCCAAUCCCCAUCAACAGCACCUCGCCGGAAAACGGCAACUCUCACUCCUACACCGACCCAUAAAUAACCAUCGUGUCAGCCCUCCCUCGUCUCCACCUCAGCCAGCCACAACAACCACCACAACGACCGCCGAACCGAACCAGCAACCCCACGCCCCUACCUCGCCAUCUCCCCCCCUUUAUCUUCUUCUCCUUUUCUUUUAAUUUUUCGGAAAAACCAAAUCCGAACAACCAUUCCAUCGCCACCCCUCCAUUCAUCCUCUUUUCCAUACCGUAAACGACCCCGACAGCCACCGCGCCAGCAACAUUCCCUCGAGCCGAUCUCCUCAACCAAAGUGGGCAAAGGUGGAGAAGAAGAAGGCGCAGCUGAUCUGACAGGGGUGCUUCAUUGGAGCUAUUGAAAAAUUGAAAAUGUUGUGUAGUGAUGGGAAAAAAAAGUUAUCCUUUUGUGGAUCAAUUAAAGAUGGAGAUUUAGUUAUUGUGUACGAGAAGAGAGAUGUAAUGAAAGCUGUGAAAGUAUGUGAGGCAUCAGUGCUUCAAAACCGUUUUGGUGUUUUUAAACAUUCGGAUUGGAUCGGAAAGCCUUUUGGGUCCAAGGUUUUAAGUAAUAAAGGAGGUUUUGUUUACUUAUUAGCUCCAACUCCUGAAUUAUGGACUCUGGUUUUAAGCCACAGGACUCAGAUUCUGUAUAUUGCUGAUAUUUCUUUUCUCAUUACCUACUUGGAAAUUGUUCCUGGUUCUUUGGUGCUGGAGUCUGGAACUGGCAGUGGAUCUUUAACCACCUCUCUUGCUAGGGCUGUAGCUCCUACAGGACACGUAUAUACUUUUGAUUUCCAUCAACAAAGGGCUGCCUCUGCCAGGGAAGAUUUUCAAAGCACAGGAGUAGGCUGUUUAGUUACAGUGGGAGUAAGAGAUAUCCAAGGCGAGGGAUUUCCAGAUGAGUAUUCUGGGUUGGCUGAUUCUGUAUUUCUGGACCUACCCCAACCAUGGCUGGCCAUUCUGUCAGCUGGGAAAAUGUUGAAACAAGAUGGGACUUUGUGCUCUUUUUCACCUUGCAUUGAGCAAGUACAACGCACAUGUGAAGCUCUAAAAUCAAACUUUAGAGAUAUAAGGACAUUUGAGGUUCUCCUUCGGACAUUUGAAGUUCACGAAGGGAAAAUGGAUAGUUGCCAGGGCGAUGAAGGUCUUUCUGUUGGGUCUCCUCCGUACAAGAGGAGACAACGGUCAAGUGAAGGAAGCACUGUGCAGGACAGCUCAAGUUCUCCUACAAUCAAGGCUAGGCCAUGUGCUGAUGCCAGGGGUCACACUGGCUAUUUGACAUUUUCAAGACUCAAAUGUCUCUCAUGAAGAAACUUCACGUGACAGGUUAGACAUCCAAAUGUUUAUAGCCCUUGUAUUUGAGAGGCUAGAAAAGUUUUGAAAGAGAAUUUUGCCCAAUGGCAUUUGGUCAACAAUUUUUAUUUUCCUUCCGACUUAAAAGAUAGGCAGCGAAUGCCAUAAAACAUUUCAUCGUGUUCGUGCUUUUGUAUCUCACUCUCUUGGCGAUUGGGAGGCCACUUGAUUCAAUCAAGGAUAGCAGUAACAGUAUAUUUUCUGUUUUUGGAAA